GCAGGCUGGUGUCACUGUGAUCGCCGCCGCGACGUAUCUAUGUCUCGCUUAUGGGUUCCAUUGCUCUCCCAUCGCCGAAGGGUCAUCGGCUAUGGCGUUUUCCGUAUCGGUGGAAGAAGUAGAAGAACAAGUUCAAGUACUGUAACGCCCAAUUUUUUCAGUGGCUCGGUUUUCUGCAGCGAGGGACACACGUCUUCAAAAUUUUCUUCGCUUCCCGAGCCCUGGAGUGAGAAAUGCAACCAUUCAUUCGUUACAUCAGGUUGGAAUAGUUGUAUCUCAAACCCAAGAUUGUUGGUUCCGUUGGCUGCUGCUCGUAUAGCCAGGGGAUUUUGUGGACUAUCAGAAAAUGGGAACUCGGAGAAACGUUCAAAUGAUAACGCUAUGGAUAGUGAUGUUAGUGGUAAUAAGGUUCAAGGUGUACAUAGAAAUUCAGUUGAUUUCACCAAAAUUUCUAUUAGUAUGCUUCCUACUGUCGUGCUUGUUGGGCGCCCAAAUGUUGGGAAGUCUGCAUUAUUUAACCGCUUUAUUAAGAGGAGGGAGGCUCUAGUUUACAACACACCCGAUGAUCAUGUCACUCGGGAUAUUCGUGAAGGUGUUGCUAAACUUGGAGAUUUGCGGUUUGUAGUAUUGGACUCGUCUGGCUUAGAGACAACAGCAUCUUCUGGCUCUAUUCUUGAAAGAACAGCAAGAAUGACUGGAAAUGUGCUUCUCAAGUCUCAGUUAGCAAUUUUCCUCAUUGACGCAAGAGCUGGUCUUCAUCCCUUUGAUUUGGAGGUUGGGAAGUGGCUGCGCAGACAUACACCCGAUAUUAAGAUUAUAGUAGCAAUGAAUAAAUCAGAAUCGCUUUUUGAUAGCAGUGGCACACUUUUGGCUGCUGCUCUUGAAGCCCAAAGGUUAGGCUUUGGAGACCCAGUACCUAUAUCAGCUGAAACCGGACUUGGCAUGCAAGAGCUUUAUUGUGCCAUCAAACCCGUGCUUGAGAAUUAUAUGUUGAAAGUUAUAGAUGAUAAUGGUGGUCUUGAUCGCUUCCAUCAGGUCACAAGCUCCAAUGAGGAUGAGGACACCCAAGACAGUAAGUUGCCAUUACAGUUAGCAAUUGUUGGACGACCAAAUGUUGGCAAGUCAACCUUGCUGAACACAUUGUUACAGUCGGACCGUGUUCUGGUUGGUCCUGAAGCUGGUUUAACAAGGGAUUCAGUUAGAGCUCAAUUUCAGUUUGAGGAUAGAACUAUAUAUUUGGUUGAUACUGCUGGUUGGCUGCAUAGGACUAAGGAGGAGAAAGGACCAGCAUCCUUAAGUGUCAUGCAAUCGUCCAAGAAUCUGAUGAGAGCUCAUGUGGUUGCUUUGGUUCUUGAUGCAGAAGAGAUUGCUAGAGAAAGAAGAAGUAUGAAACAUGCUGAAGUGGUUAUUGCAAGGCGAGCGGUGGAGGAAGGUCGUGGUUUGGUAGUAAUUGUCAACAAGAUGGAUCUUAUGAGAGGGAAAGAAAAUUUUGCAUCAUAUGAGAAGAUCUUGGAGGCUGUUCCCGAAGAAAUUCAAACAGUUAUUCCUCAGGUAACAGGAAUUCCAGUUAUAUUCAUUUCAGCUCUGGAAGGAAGGGGUCGACUGGCUGUCAUGCGUCAGGUUAUUGAGACAUACGAGAAAUGGUGUUCGAGGUUGUCCACGGCUCGUCUUAACCGUUGGUUGCGGAAGGUAAUGAGCAGACAUUCUUGGAAAGACCAAUCCGCACAACCAAAGGUCAAGUACUUCACGCAGGUGAAGGCCAGACCACCUACCUUCGUCGCCUUUGUCAGCGGGAAGACGCGGCUAUCAGAUACAGACAUCAGGUUCUUGACUAAAUCAUUGAAGGAUGAUUUCGAUUUGGUUGGAAUUCCCAUAAGAAUCAUGCAGCGUGCUGUUCCAAAGAAAUCAGUUGAUGGGGGUGGGAAGAGCAAAAAAUUCGUUGGCAGAACACCCGAAAGAAUCCGAUCCGAUAAGAGAAGCCCCAUCGUUGAAGAACAGACAGCUUGAGCAACAGAUAUGUUGGCAGAAAGCCCCAUAGAAUCCAAUCCGAUAAGCAAAGUCCCAAUGUCGAAGAACAGUCAACCCGAGCAUAAAUACCGUAUUCCGUUGCCAUUUUUCUGUUGGACCAGAAAUGAUUUCAGUGUGGUAAAUUAUGAAACAGGUUCUCACUCCAGGUAUUGUUUAAAGUGGAAGAAACAGAUUAUCUGGAAUAUUUUGGAGGAGAAUGGAGCAGACUUGGGGUUUUUGAUCUUCAUCUAUAGACUUUAGAGUUCAUUAGAGAGUAUCAAGAAAUGGAAGCCACAAUCAAGUUGUAUACAUUAAUUAAAUUAUUUUCCAAUCUCUCAUUUCAUCUGCUGCCAUUUACAGGCCUCUCAGAGUAAGAUUGCAGGAAGAAUUGGCAUCUGGUUUAGUAAGAUGGGAAAACAAUGGAGGUCGUAAAAGCUUGGAGUAAUGUUAUCACCUUGAAUUAUUCAAAAAAGUUUCUGUAAAUUAAGAUGUUCAAAUACACAUUCGUUUUAUGCUAUUUAUGUAACUAACUAUUUCAA